GAGCAGUGUCUUCAUUUCCUGAGACUGGAAAACAAAAUGACAGCAGCUAAUUCCAGUGUACAGGAUUCUUUCAGAGAUGGCAGCCUGGAGAGAUUUAAUCAUUUUAAAAAAGAUGAGUUUGAAAAUGACUGGGAGAAACUGGCUGAGCGCAAGUUUGGUCGAGUCUAUAAGGUGAAGGUUAAAGUCUGGCGGGAAACAUGUGCCCUAAAGACAACGACCAAUGAUUACAGGAACAUGAUAGAGAUGUCCAAAAUUGGAAGACUGAAGUUCAGCUAUUUAAUCUCCAUUUAUGGAAUAAGCAAAGAUCCACCUGGUUUAGUGAUGGAAUAUAUGAGAAAGGGAUCCCUGGACAACCUCCUCAGCAGUCAUUUAUUAAUGUGGCCCAAGAAGUUCCAAAUGAUCCACGAGAUGACGAUGGGCAUGAAUUUUCUGCACAGCAUGAAACCACCCAUCCUUCAUUUGAACUUGAAACCAGCCAACAUUCUUUUUGAUGAUCAUCUGCAUGUGAAGAUUUCAGAUUUUGGCCUCGUUAAAUGGGAGGAGUUUUCAGGUAAGACCGAGUUUAUUGAACACCUGACAGCUCGAGGGAACAUAAACUAUGUGCCUCCAGAGACCUUUACCCAGAAUCCAGAAGCUCCUGGAACGAAGUAUGAUGUUUACAGCAUUUCUAUUAUUAUGUGGGAGAUUCUCACUCAGCAGCGUGCAUAUCAAGGUCUGAAUAUGACAGAAAUAUUACUCAGAGUGUCAUCUGGCAAAAGGCCUGGUGUAGAGAAGAUCCCUGAAGACAAGCCCCCUGAGUGCGAUGACAUGAUUGGUGUCAUGCAGCAAUGCUGGCACCAAGACUGCACCAGGCGACCGGCUAUCUCUGUGACUGUUCGGUUGACUGAAGUCCUUAGCGAAGUCCUAAAAAUCCCAGACACGAAUGCAAAGGGUGAGAUAAGAAAGCGUCUGCCUGAACAGCCAAAGAAAACAGCUGUCUCCUCAGAUGAUUCUAGCAUUCACUCUCUCCUUGUAAAGAAAGACUUUGAGAGUUUUAAGAAAGUUCUGCGAAAAGAGCACGUGUCUAUGCUCUUCCAAGACAACAACUCUCUCCUUCAUCACGCCGUGGCAAGCAGGGACACAGAAAGCGUGCAGAUGGUCUUGAAUCUGGGAGCCUCAGUGAACUGCCAGAGUGUAAAAGGCUACACCCCGCUCAUCGUUGCGGUUCUGCACAAGUUUUACGAGAUCUGCAGCUUGCUGACAGACUGUGGGGCUGAUGUCAACCUCAGCGAUGGCGACCAGUGGACCGCUCUGCAUUUUGCCGUACAGGCUGGCGAUGACAGAGCUGUUCGCCUUUUGUUAGACAAUAAGGCGAGAGCCGAUGCUAAGGAGAAGGACGGGUGGACACCUUUGCAUCUAGCUGCUCAGAACGGCCACGAGCACAUUGUGAGAAUCUUGCUCCGACGUCUGGAUGCCAUGGAUGAGCAGGAGCGGCAGUCUGGCCGUACUCCGCUUCACGUGGCUUGCAUUUAUGGUUACGUGAACAUCGUCAACCUCUUGCUCAAAAAUGGAGCUGACUUUAACAAAGCGGAUAACCUUCAAUCCACUUCUCUACACUUGGCAGCAGAUGAAGGGCACUUCAGGGUGGUCCGUUUGCUGGUUAAUAAUGGGGCUGAUGUGACAACAGUCGAUGAGCAAAGCUACAGUCCCCUACAUUUUGCCGCUCUAAAGGGUUACACAGGUAUCUGCAGACUCCUUUUGAGUAAAGGAGUCGACCCCAACAUCAGAACUUAUCAGAAUUGGACAGCCAUGCACCUGGCAGCCCUGAAAGGCCAUCCGGAGACUGUCCUCAUGUUGGAGGAGCACCACGGCUCAGUCAACGUCCAAGGGAAAGACGGCUGGACUCCUCUGCACCUUGCCUGCCAUCAUGGGCAGGAGGAGGUGGUGACGGUGCUGCUAACAGCAGGUGCCAACCCUAACCUGGCCGAGGAUAACGGCUGGACACCCCUCCAUUUAGCUUGUAAUAGUAGCUGCUUCCCUAGCGUUCUGCAGCUGAUAUCUCAUCAUGCCAAUGUGAAUGCCCAGAACAAUAGCCAGGCAACGCCAUUGCAUUUAGCCGUCCAGCUCAGGAACAUCCCCAUCAUCAAAGCCCUGUUGAUGAAUAAUGCACAGCGGGAUAUUCAGGACUCAAAAGGAUGUACCGCCCUAACCUUGGCUCAACGGUGCAACAAUACAGAAGCCGUGGAGCAACUGAACAGCUAGCACACUGGUUGAG